AUGGGGGGAAAGCCGCGCUCGCGACUGUCCCCGCCGUCUCGACCACCCAGACUGCCAGAGGGGAAGACAAGACCGCCUCGAGGGCCCCCGCUGGAGCCUCGGGGACGCGGCAAAAGGGAGCCGUUACGUCGGAUGUACCCCGACGAGCCUCCCAGCCUGAGCCCGAGCGAAGGUGGUAGGGAGGCGGAAGAUGAGGAAGGGGGAGGCCCUAUUCUCGCCCCCUCUUCUUUCCGCCCCGGAGAAACCAGUAAGACCGGCGCGGCAAGAUCUUUAGGUCAGACUGCGCCAGCCAAGAAGACGAGGCGGCAGCUCCCGAGGGCAACCGCCGUCAUUAUUAUUUGCCCCGAGGGGCAGUAUGGUAAAGUGAUGGCGGAGAUCCGGAGGAGGGUUAGCCUUCAGGAUCUAGGGGUAGGUGAGUUCCGGGUGAAACGCGCAAUCACCGGAGCUCUCACCCUGGAGGUCCCGGGACCAGACAGUUUCAAGGCGGACCUACUCUGCCAGCGCGUGGCAGAGGCGGUCGCUGGAAGGGUGGGAGUCAGAGUCGCCAGGCCCGUUAAGACUGCGGAAAUCCGCGUCAAUGGCCUGGACGACUCUGUCUCCACGGCCGAGUUGGCGGAAACGCUGGCGCGCAAAAGCGCGUGCCCCGCCAGCUUGAUACAGGUGGGGCCCAUAAGACGGGCCCCAAGUGGAACAGGGACCGCGUGGGUUCGCUGCCUUCUUGCUGCGGCCAAUAGGGUCGUGGCGGAGUGUAGGCUUACGGUGGGCUGGGCACUGGCAGGGGUCGAUCUCUUGGAGCAGCGGCCCCUGCAGUGCUUCAGGUGCCUGGAGGGGGGAUAUGUCCGGGCACAAUGCCGCAGUGAGAUUGACCGUUCCGGUCAAUGUUACCGCUGCGGCGAGCCCGGACAUAGGGCCCAGAAUUGUGCAGCGCCUCUCCGGUGCCCUCUCUGUUUUAAGGAGGGCGCACCGGCGCACAGUGGGGCGAAUCUAUCAAAAACCGGAUAUUGGACGAAAAAAUAA